AUGCGCUUCGCCACUACCCUCGCGACCCUCCUCACCGUCAGCGUCGGCUUUGUCGCCGCCCAGGACAAUGGCACUCCAAGCAGUGCUGCCAGCCCUGGUGCUGCCACCGGCUCGUCGUCCUCGUCGUCGUCUAGCUGCCAGGCUCAGAACAUCCUCGACGCCUGUCUCGCCUCUACGACGCCGCAGCUGAAGGCCUGCGCAGCCAACGACUGGAACUGUCUCUGCGAGCAGAGCAACAACGUCCUGACCUGCUACAACAACUGCCCCAACGACCCCAACCGCUUCGGCGCCGAACAGUCCAAGACCUCCUACUGCAACGCCGCCAAGGCCAACAGCCCCAGCAGCAGCGCCAGCAGCGGUAGCAGCACGCCCACGCCUACCUCGUCCUCGUCCAACGNGUCCUCCACCGCGUCUUCCACCGGCAAGGGCGAAUCCUCGAGCAGCCCGACCUCGACGAGCUCCUCCAAGUCCGGCUCCAGCUCGACCGGUGCCGCACCGGGUGCUCUGUCUGUUCAGGCUGGUACGCUCGUCGGUGCUGUUGCUCUUGCGCUGGGUGCUGCGCUGUAA